AGCUUCUGGGUUUAAAAUAGAAACUCGAGGGCCCGCGCCGGGCGCCUCCCCAGCCGCCCGGUGGCCGGGCGCUUCGAUGUAAAUGUUACUGAACCACAUUCGUUUGCCUGACGUGCAGUGAGCCAAGUGCGGAGACACCAAGAUUUGAAGCCGGAAAGUAUUCAUGAGGCUGCCAAGUGAGAAGACAGGAGAACGAGUCUGAGGUCCUCCUCCCCAAAGGACUACAUGGAUCAAAACAUCUGAAGUGCUGGGAGUUAGAGGACCUGAAGAGACAGAAAAAGACCACAGAAAAUCAGGAGCUAAGGAGGAGAACCAAAAGAGAAGAUUGAGGAGACUCCAAUCCAGGAGUAGGUGUCAUGCUGUUCUCUAGGAGUGUACAGAGGAAAAGACCCGAUCUCUGUCCACAAUUUAACCAGAAAUGCCUAAGCGAGCUUCCGGCUCUUUUGAACCAUACCCUGCAAAGAGUUACAUCGGUCUGCACCUGUGAAUUCAGUAAGGGCUACACCAUACUAUCAAACGACACCAUUAGUGCGAAAAUGCUGGAAAGCUGUGGAAAUGCUUCAGUGGCCAUUCCUAUAGGAAUUUCCCUCCUUUUACUGUUGGUGAUCUGUGGAAUUGGGUGUGUUUGGCACUGGAAACACCAUAAUACAAUGCAAGGUUUCUUACCGAGGUUUUUGCAGAGGAGAAAAAGCAGGAGAAAAGACUAUUCUAAAACACUCCCUUUGAGUCCCCAGGUUAUCAGCUCAAGGUAUAAAAUCUCAGUUCAAACUCAAGACCACAGCUCUGCUGGGGUGGACGCUAACAUAGAUGACGACUAUGAAAAUGUGGAAAGGGGUCCUCCUAAAUCAAAAGAAGACACCAAUAAGGAACUAUAUGAAAACACUUGGCAGACCAAUUUCGAGGAGCAUAUCUAUGGAAAUGAGACACCAUGUGCCUAUUAUAACUUCCAGAAGCCUAGCACUUCUGAAGCCCCACAAGAAGAAGACGUAUAUAUUCUUCCAGAUUCAUAUUAAAUUUUCCACAUGGGGGUUUAGUUAUUAGAGGAUAAAUAUUCACUGGGACUUGUGCUGAUAUCAUUAUUAGUCAAGUUCUUCUGAUGGAAUUUAAUCUCCACCCUUCUGAAUCUUCUCUGUGUAUCACCGGGGAUUAAUUCCAGAGAUCUUCUCCGCCCUCCUUGCCCUGGAUCAAUUCCACAUUAUGUUACAUUGAUUCUUUCUUCUAAAUGUGACUUGUUAUCUUUCUCUUCUUUUUCUGUCUCCACAGUCUUUGUCUGUCACAGUCUGCCAACUAGCCUUUCUGGCUCAAGUUUCUACACACUCAGUAAUGCUGCUCCAGCCCCAGGAUGCUGCCAGAUUUAUCUUCAGAAGAUAUUCCCAAUGACCACAUCACUCCUUUGUUCCAAACCUCUUAAUGUCUCCUCUUUGUAAAAGAUAGAACACUCAUAAUUCUAACUCCAGAAUUCAUGAUUUUCCACAGUUGGUUCAAAUUUACUUUUCCAAUGACUUCUACUAAUCCCUCAAAUUCUCUGCUCUCAUCAGAAUCAUCUCAAAACCUGCCAAAUGCAUCCCUCCUCCACAGCUUUGCGUAGGCCUGCCUUGGCCAUAACUUCUUACACAAGUCUUCUGAAUCAUUCCAGACCUGAAUUUACCUUUUUCUGAUGUCCUAUAGAUUUUGUUGCCUGUGCAUUUCUUUGGGAAACAUGAAUGUUUGCAAUGACAUUUUAUUACUUAAUGUCAUAUGAGAAUGUCCUAAAUUAUCUCCUUAAAUAGUAAGAAACUGCCUAAUCACAUUUUGGCCCCAAUGCCUAGACCAUCUUAUGAGGCACUCAAUACUGUUCAUUUGACAAGAAUUGGAUUGUACGUUUUGCUAAGUUGUUUUGAAAAAAAAUGAAUAAAUUCAUCCAUCCAAGGAAUA